AUGAGCGAAAUUGUCCAUCCUACCAUUCAAGAUGGCUGGUUCCGUGAGAUCUCGGACAUGUGGCCUGGCCAGGCCAUGACACUCAAGGUCAAGAAGGUCGUCCACCACGAGAAGAGUCAGUACCAGGAUGUCCUCAUCUUCGAGUCCACCGACUACGGCAUGGUCUUGGUCCUGGACAACGUCAUCCAGGCCACUGAGCGUGAUGAGUUCUCCUACCAGGAGAUGAUCACCCACCUGGCCAUGAACUCUCACCCCAACCCCAAGAAGGUCCUCGUCAUCGGCGGCGGUGACGGCGGCGUCCUCCGUGAGGUCGUCAAGCACGAGUGCGUCGAGGAGGCUAUCCUUUGCGACAUUGACGAGGCCGUCAUCCGCCUCUCCAAGCAGUACCUCCCCAACAUGGCCGUCGGCUUCGAGCACCCCAAGGCCAAGACCCACGUCGGCGACGGCUUCAAGUUCCUCGAGGAGUACAAGAACACCUUUGACGUCAUCAUCACCGACUCUUCCGACCCCGAGGGCCCCGCCGAGUCCCUGUUCGAGAAGCCCUACUUCCAGCUCCUUCACGACGCCCUUCGGGAGGGCGGUGUCAUCAGUACCCAAGCUGAGAACCAGUGGCUUCACAUGCCGCUCAUCUGCAAGCUCAAGAAGGACUGCAAGGAGAUCUUCCCCGUUGCCGAGUACGGCUACACCACCAUCCCCACCUAUCCCAGCGGCCAGAUCGGCUUCAUGGUCUGCUGCAAGGACCCCAGCCGCAACGUCAAGGAGCCCCUCCGCAAGUGGUCCCCUGAGGAGGAAGACAAGCUCUGCAGGUACUACAACUCGGAGAUCCACAAGGCCGCCUUCAUCCUGCCCAACUUUGCCAAGAAGGCUCUGCAGUAA